AUGCCAUGGAAGGGUCAUUGGGCGCGCCCUCGUUCAAUCUCUAGCAUUGCAGCACUUCGCGAUUACAGCUUGUGUCCAGAUCUGACGGGCACGGCGGUUCUAGCAGAAGCAGCCGAGCUGCUGAACCGAUUCGUGCCUAGACUCUCCAGACACCACCGACCUCUCAACUUAACCAACACGUCGCAGUGGCUCGUGCACAGAGCAGAGGCCAAGCAGUGGGUGCGGAUCGGCGAAAGGCACCUGCUGCGGCUCAUGACUGACGGAGGUCUCCUCCGUCACUUCGACCCAGCUCACUGGUCCUCAGCACCAUUUUUCCGUGCGGUGAGUUUCAUUAGGGCCUUGUUCAGGGCUUCACCUUUGCUGGGCAGCGAGCUGAAACGGCGACACGUGUCGAUGAAUCAUCGCGGCUGGUGGAGGACGCUGAAGUCGCAAGUGACGUCCGAUGGGCCGAUGUAUUUGAGCCUUCCCGACCCGAUCGGACCAUGCACGCUCCCUCUGGUCGUCUCAGACUUGCUGCAGAUCGACAGCCUCAGAUUUCAGGCUGGCCCUACCUGGGAUGAUGCUGCAGGCCUUCAAAUAUGGAAACUACUUGCUUCAGCUCAGGCAAAUCUUGAUUGCACGAUCCGGGACAGGAGGCUUCUGGACCAGUUCAUGUUUUCAGGUGCAGACACAUUCUUCGCCCUGCUGGACCGCCUAGACUGUCGCCUCUGGUCGGUUGUGACUACGCCCCUUGGCCCCAGUCAGUUUUGGAUGCGCCUCCUGCCUCUGCCGUUCACGGAAGCGAAUCGCGUGAGGGGUUUGAGAAAAUUCCACUGCGCCGGAGCAUUUCGAGAUCUGUUAGAGGAACUGCUCCCAGGGGCUGCAAGCCUUGCUUUCCGAUUUGUAGAAGUCGGACCUUCCUUGGGAGGCUGCACAUUCCACGUUUUGACGAGAGUCCCUGCCGCCUCUGCCGUAGCUGUGGAACCCCACCAGGUUGCAGCAGAGGCGCUGCGAAUGACGGCCACUUGGAACAAUCUCGCCGAUCGAGUUGCUGUCCGUCAGGCCUUCGUAUCAGACAAAGCGGGUGCGUGCCGUGCCUCCUUGCUGGGAAGCAUCUACGACACCCGGAACCCAGAAUGGGCCUUUGAGGAGGCAGGCCCAGAGGCGUCGAACUGUGAAGCAGCGAGUUUGGAGGAGAUCCUGACUUCAGCUUGGGGUGUCAGCGGAACCGUGGACUUGCUUCGAGUUCAUGUGGAUGGCCGGGAGGAGAUGGUGCUGAAGUCCCUCCGCGAUCGCCUAAGCCCCGGCUCAAUCCAAGCCAUUGCUUUAGCCAUGUGGCCCUUCCGGGAAGCGGAUGCCCUCUACGAUCCUGCUGCCAUUGCGCAUCUGCUCCGAUCCCGGGGCUACGAGAUUCAACUCCGGUUCAAAACGUUUGCUUCUACAAGCGAGUCCCUUUGGAAUGAGGACGCGAUUCGGGCCCUGAGGCAGAUUCCGGACAAAAGCGAGGUCCGAGGGCGUCCCCCCAGCCACGGCAAUGCUUCCAGCGAGGUCUUGGAAUUGGAGACGCCAGGAUCAGCCGGGUACGCUAACGCGACUUUCGACCGGGGCAUGUCCACCUCUUCGACCCGUCAGACCGUGCGCUGCCCCGUUUGUUUCCGUGCCUCUUCUGCGAACUGUCUGCAAGAUUGGUCCAGACUCGACUGGCUCGUGACUGUCAGCACCUCUGACAACGGCUCGCCCGACGUGGCGGCGAGGGCGAUGCGAAGGCCUGACAACGACUUUGCACAUGCUGAGAAUCGUUCGGAAGGGGAUGCCCAAGUUUUGUGGCGGCUUGGGACUGAUGGUGAAGAUCCAGGCCUUGAGCCAGAGGCGUCUCUAGACCCUUUCUUCUCACUUCCCGUGUCUCAGCCCGACCGUCUGCGGCGCGUGGCCCACAAGCUGUUCAAUGCUGCGCGGGCCCCGGAGAAGGAUCUUGAAGGCUUAGGAGCGACCCUGAACCCCUUCUUCAGAGCAGUCAGCCGCUUCCGGCAAAGAAGAUGGGACGAGUGCAUCGACAUUUGCACAGAGCUUCUCGAGCAGAACCCCAAGGACCAGGCAGCAUGGUUCUUGAAGUGCCGGGCGCUCACGUCCAAACAGUGGAUCGAUGACGUGGAGAUCGACGAAGAGGGCGUGGCCGACUUGCUCCUAGAUGAGAAUGCCGUAGCGCAGGCACCACGUCCUGGCACGUCGCUGAACCGUCCGCUCACGCGAGCAGAAAGCGGCGGAGGGCCCACCCAGGUGGUGCGACCCGUCAGUGCUAGCGGCCGGCCACUAACGGGCUUUGCCCGGCCUGGCACCAAUCGGCCAACGUCCUCCUCUGCAGGGAGAGACGUGACCACUGCCAUGCAGGGGAAUCGUCCAGGCACAUCUAGGCCACUGACGUCCAUGGGUCGGCUGAUACGGCUGGGUACUGCGUCCAUGGUGAAUCAGGACGGUGGCGAGUUCGUCCGUUUAGAGUCUCUGGACCUGCAGAAGUAUGCGCAGCGACCUGCAAUCGCCAAAGCGCUGUGCGACUACAUGUUGUACUAUGCUCGCAAUCCGCGGAAGGCCUUGGAGUUGGCAUCUGAAGCUACACAGGCUGUCGACUUUAAGGACUGGUGGUGGAAGGCCCGGCUGGGGAAGGCCUACUACCAGCUCGGCCUCCUCCGUGACGCGGAGAAGCAGUUCAAGAGCGCGCUGAAGGACGAGGAGAUGAUCACCACCCACCUGGAGCUGUGCAAGGUCUACCUUCGUCUUGACCAGCCAAACUCGGCUCUCGACCAAUACGGGCGCGCUGCCGAGAAGUUUGUGGGGGAAACCCACAUCCUCAUUGGCUUGGCUAGGACCUACGACAUGCUGAAUGCAUUGCUUCGAGGCGUCAGCUUCUACAAGAAAGUCUUGCAGUAUGAUGCCGUGAAUUCAGAAGCCAUCGCGUGCUUGGCUUCCCACCAUUUCUAUACAGACCAACCAGAGCUGGCCCUGCGAUUCUAUCGCCGCAUGUUGCAGAACGGCGUUGUUAGCGCGGAGCUUUGGAACAACAUGGGGCUUUGCUGCUUCUACGCCGGGCAGUAUGAUCUGACCCUGAGCUGCUUCGAGCGUGCCCUCAUGUUGGCUGACGACGACAACAUGGCGGACGUUUGGUACAACAUCGGCCAGGUAGCAAUCGGUGUGGGGGACCUAGGUCUAGCUUACCAAGCCUUCAAGAUCGCCAUCUCAGUGGACCCCAAUCACGCUGAGAGCUACAACAACAUUGGGGUGCUGGAGCUGCGAAAGGGCAACGUCGAGCAAGCACAGGCGCAUUUCGCCACGGCGAUGCGCUUGGCAGCCCACCUGUUCGAGCCGGCUUUCAACGGAGGGCUGCUGGCCUUCAAGCUCGGUGAGUUUCAGGACAGCUUCGAGUUGGCCAACAAAGCCCUCGAGGCUUACCCUGAGCACAUUGAGAGCAAGGAGCUCAUUAAGCAGCUCAAGGCGCACUUCUCCUCGCUCUGA